AUGUUACACCGGUUCAAGGACAUCACUAUCGCGCUGUUCACUCUCCUGCAAUGUGUUACUUACGUUCACACAAUAGAUUGCUUCAAGUGCGUGUCAAUGAACGGCCAGUUCCCGCCUUGUGAUGAUCCGUUUCAUAAUAACCACAGCUUAAACAUGCUCGAGGGUCCUUGUAUGGGAGGCAGGAAGGGAAGAGAUGGAUUAUUUCCGGCUACGUCGUGCAUCAAAAUGGCGGGUGUUUUUGAUGAUACCGGCGAGUCUAUAACAGUCCGUGGCUGUGGUCUAGACUCAGGCACGGCUACCACCGACACUGAGAUCAUACGGAUGUCGCACUGUGGAAGGUUUUACUAUAACGACAGAUAUGUCCACGGUUGUCUUCAGAGUUGCAACGACGCAGACGCCUGCAAUUCCUCAAACACGGAAUAUUUAGCUUUAAUAAAUAUAAUCGUACCAUUUAUUUCAUUAUUGGUCUCCAGCUAA